GUUUGAUCUCCUUUCCCUUUCCUCCUCUUCCAGGGUCUUCCAGUCUAUUCAACAAUUAUUUCCCUUCCAUUGAUUCGCAGUUUAUUUCCUUGCAAAGGACUUCAUGAGUCCUCAAACAACAUGUCUUCCGACAUAGACUCAGCAAGCAGUGCGCAUGCUGCAGGAGACCCCUCAGGACUCCCAUUCGAUCCGCCUGGCAGCGUUCGGAUGACAGCUGAACUACACUACAGAUAUAGUGACGACCGCAGACCUAUAGUGAACCAGUAUCUGCGCGGUCACCGAGUCGGAAAGGGUCAGCAUGGCGAAGUAUGGGUGUGUUGGGACUUGUCGCAUGAUCAUCGUCGCGAGCUGGCCAUAAAGGCUGUCAAACGUAAUAACCCACGCGCUGAGAAGAUGAACAUGCUCCGCAGGCGAAACAUCCCUGCGUCGUCUCACACACCACUCACAGAAAAACUCGGAAGCCUUGAGCAUAAAAUACGGAAAGAAAUAGCGAUAAUGAAAAAAUGUCGUCAUGGGCAUGUAGUUCGCUUGUUGGAAGUUAUCGACGACAAGCUGAAUGAUCGGAUAUACAUGGUCAUGGAGUAUCUAAGCGGUGGAGAAAUCAAAUGGCGCAACGAGCAGAAUGAGCCUGUGCUGCAGGUGGACCAAUGUCGACGAAUUUGCCGCGAUGUUAUCCUUGGCCUCGAAUAUCUUCAUUACCAGGGAAUUAUUCACCGUGACAUAAAGCCCGCUAACCUUCUCUGGACUGCGGAUCGCCAAAUGGUCAAGAUCAGUGAUUUUGGGGUCUCGCAUUUCUCAUAUGCGCAGCGCCUUGCGGCUGCAGGGCGUGGAAAUGCUCUAGAUGACGCUAACGACCCAAUUUUGCUGGAUGAUUCGGACCUUUCCAAGCGUGCUGGAACCCCACCGUUUCUUGCCCCUGAAGUCAUCGCUGAGUAUAAUGGCGAUCCUUCACCAUCCAUAUCGGCUUCUGCUACCUCAACCACGCUGCCGUCCUUGAGGUCCGCACCACAUAUAGGUUCCUCUUCUACUGUCCGCCCGAACACAUCCCAGCGACUGCAGAUCACGAAGGCCAUUGAUGUGUGGGCUCUUGGUGUCACACUGUACUGCCUUCUUUUCGGUAAAAUUCCAUUCAGACCCCCAGAUUCGAGCGAAUACAUGCUCUACAAUAUCAUAUGCAAAAAUGACUGGGAGCCAGAAGACACCAUGGGUUAUGAUCGUCUUCCAACUGGCGGGCGGAAACCUAAGGAUAAAAAGUCCGAGGGAUUUGUUGUCAUGAAUCUUCUCGACAAGCUGCUUGAAAAGGAUCCCAACAAACGCAUGACUCUUGAUCAAGCAAAGCGGUACGUGUGGUUCCUGCGGGAUAUUCCACAUCACCAAGAAUGGCUUCGCCAAACAUCACCCUCUGACAUGGUGAAGGUCUCGGAGUCUGAGACCCGCACUGCGAUGACCACCGUCCGCUUCAGCUGGGGCUGGCCAAAGCGCCUCACACGUCGCCUAUCCUCGUUAUUCAAGGGCGUUCGUCCUUCGCGUGCCACGUCAUCACGUCCUGAUGAAGACGACUUCGGUGUGUGUUCUUCGCCUACCAUUGCGGUAGAGCGGCACAAAAGCGUUAGUGGGCGAAUGUCAAGUUCAGAAUUCGACGAGGAGGGCAAGCGUCGUGGUAUUGCACGCUCUGUCAUUGUGCGUAACGACUCGACGCCAAACAUGGGAAGGAGAGAAGAAUCAAUCGAGAGGUGGGCCCGGAAUGCAUCCAGGAGCAGGGCGCGUGACUCCAGUCGCCCUCCUUCACGACAGAGAGAAUCCAAGACCCUUCUUCCACUUGAUCAGUGUCAACCUGGUACAUCAUACUCUCAAGGCUCUACCAGCCGUGGUAGAGACAAUGCCAAUACUUCCCUUCGAGAUGAUGCGAUGUUCUUGGGUGCCGGUGGCGUGUGCAAUGACCCGAGCAGCCUUAUUUCGUCAAACUUGCCUUUAGGCCUCAAUCAAUCAAUUUGUCACUCUCCCGCUGUGUUACGACACCCACAACCUGAACGCAUCCACAUCGCUCCCCCGACUUCAGUUGUUCCUGAACCGUCCUUGCACGACUCUGGGCACAGCCGGCAUCUAACUGUUCGGUCUGCUACUCAAAGCCCCAGUCCCUUACAGCAAGUCGCAUACGAAUCAGAAUCCAGUACGACGAGCGAGGACGACUACGACGACCUCGACGACGACUCUAGUUUCUUUCGCGAUACUCACAGAGAUCGCCAAGCGGAAUCGGAGGCUUUACAGGCUAGCACCAGCCUCAUGUACGGGGAGGUAGAUGAGGAUGAGAGCGAUGAGGAGACAGUUCCUAUUGAAGUAAAGCGGCGGCGUCCAUCUGUUUCCCUCACGGCUGCUUCCCCCGUACCUCUUUCUGACUUCUCAGAUGACGCCCACUGAACUCGAGACCUAUGUAUUUCCACUGCAUCUGUGAUUUUAUACUCUUUUUUUGCUUCCCCUCCAAGAGGCAACAUAGAUUUAGUUAGCUUGCUAAAUGUUACUGGCGGCAAGGAAACCACGAAAUCUAUCCGGUGUUCUUACACGUAAUAAGCCA